AUGCGGCGUCUCAAAACUGUGUUCCGGUCUAGAUCUGAUCCACCCAACCCUGCUACAUCUCGUAUUUGGUCAAGACGGCAUCCAGCGUCCGGGGGAGACACAUUAAAACCUCAGCCAGAAGCCGCUUCGAAUGAACUACAACGCGAUGAGCCUACAACCGAAGCGGGAUCUGCCAGCACGGAUGCGAACAAGCCACCUUGCUCGGCCACAGUAGCCCCUGUUGACAAUCUCGAGCCUGGGUCGGACGCCCGAGCUACUGGCGAGCUUCCUCGGUCCAAGAAUGGCACCAGGCGUCUGAAGAAAAUGUAUUCUCGCUUGCGUAGCAGCUUAUCCCAGGAAGAUGAUCCCUUCACAGACACACAGCCUCAAACCACGCAGGAGGGUACCCGCAAAGAGAGGCCGAGCUCCAUACCUUUGUCCUCCAAUCCAUUUGAGCCAGAUCUCGCUGCAGAGCCGCCCAUCUCUGGCAAGUCUGUCAGGUUCGACGAACCUAAGGAAAGGCGGAAGGUCAGCGCUCAGACGACCCUUUCUCAGGAGUCCAGCCAGAUUGAGGAUACUGUUUGCCGAGACCCGGCCCGGCAUAUCGUGAUGCCUAUCCAGGAGCCUUUGGAGGAGUUGGGGUGGUCCGGACUGAUGUUAUACGACGCCGAAUGUAGCAACAAUAACAGUCAUAUACAUGAGGACUCAGACCCAUUCUCCGACGAGAAGGCCACCGACCGACAAGUCAAGGGAUAUUCGAGGCAUAGUGCAGGCACGAGCCGAGAAGAAUCGAGGACUUCCGAAGGAACACUGGAGCCUAUCGCUGAGACUGAUUUCGAUACAAUCGAACCAGUUAUUGAGCCAGCCCAGCCCGAAGGUGCGGGCUCUCAGAGGGUAAGCUCGGCGAACAGCCAAACAAGCUGGAGCACACUUGACCCGCCAAAGGCUAUCUCGGCCUUCAAUCAGAUGGCCUCUCAGUUUGGUAUCCCGAUUGCGAUUACCGAUGGUGAUUCUCCACCAGCAGAGACCAAUGUUGGGGACCCAGGCGCGAGUCGUCGAGUUGGGUUGUUGGGCAAAGUUCGCAAGGUGCGAUCUAAUUUGGCUCCCGAAACGCCUCCUUUGGCACCGAUUCCUAAGCUGCGACGAAUGAAGACCUUUGCCAAUCUACGCCGGCUCGAUCCGAUGACUUCGUUGCAAGGAAGAUCAAUCGAGACUUUGGCCCGUCUUGGAGGACACGGCUAUCUUAUGCUGACGGAAUUGGCCCCUUGUCCCGCGCAGCUACCCGCGUACAUUGUAGCAACGCUGGUGUUUCUGCACAAAUAUGGGCUUGACACUCCCGAGAUCUUCAUCCAGUCCGGCGAUCUGAAAGCCGUUAUUCGUUUAUAUGAUCACUUUGCUAGCCAAGUGCUCGAGGCGGAGAAAGAUGAAUCUAAGAUCUCCCUUACCAUGCGGGUGGUUGCCAUGCCGCAACCCCGUAAAGAUUCGGCGCCCGUGCUGAGUGUGGCCUGGGCCUUGAAGGCCGUGCUGGCGGGGCUUCCAAACGGGAUCCUCGGGAGUGUCCGGCUCUACCAGGUUUUCAGGGCGAUGUACUACCAUUCGAUACCAAAUCAAUGCUCUCACCUCCGUGUGCCUGAUUGCAUCUCUGAGGCGAGCCCAACGACUGCCGCCCGAGUGCAGCUUAUGUGCCUUGCGGUCAUCGCCCUUGCCACGGAGAUGCAGCGGGAUCUUAUCUGUGCGAUAUUUGGACUACUUUCCUUACUGGUGACUGCGGAGACCCAGGAGCAGCCCGGGAUGGAGCUCCGUGAUCCAGUGGCGAGUCCGAACUUCCACGAGUUGGUGCGGGUGUUUGGACCGCUCCUCCUCGGAUCCAGGCAAGAGCGAGAUGGCACUGAAGUGGAACAGGAGAUUGAUGAUCAACGCGUGGCAGGGCUGAUGCUCAAUAAUUGGCAUUUCGUACAUCGACAGUUGCGACACUGGACGAGUGGACGGUACGUGGUGGGCCGGGAAUAA